AUGGGCCUAUUGGCCAGCAGAGAGGCUGACGACCAAGAUGAGGUCGCCGAAGAUGGAGGCGCUUACGGCAAUACGACAAAUUGGUGUCUGUUUGGUGAGAUCGUGAGAAUCGAGCUCAUUACCCGCUUAGUCCUCGUCUGCCGCGACAAAUGCGACUUUGCGUUCCUCGUCGCUAUCUAUCCAGAUGGAAAUGCGCAGGUCGAUCCUGGCUCAUACAAGAUUGGGCAUACUGUUGCAGUCUUGAAUACCACUACCAAGAAAUUCUUGGAUGGAAGGGAGGGAGUUCGCGUGGAGAAGCUGGAAACUUGUCGGGUCAGUCCUGCUUUCUCACUCAUCAUCUCAACCAAUGGUGGCUUAUUGACGAAUAUGAUGAACACAGAGCUUGUCAAGUACACUGGAGGAAUUGACGAGCAAAGUGACACUCGGCCGUGUCAAGCCUGUGGCAAGGAAGCAUAG